ACUAAUCCCAGCUUCGUUUAAAAGAUUUUGAACUGUCAGGGGUGCCGAAUGUCGUGAAUAUGAAGAAUGUUAUUCAUAGAAAUUUACCGGAAGUGGGCAGUUCACAAUGGGCCAGGAAGAAGGAAGUUGGCGAAGGGCAGGGGCGAGGCGGCUGCACUAUGGUGACUAUACUUCUCCGAGACUCCAAGUGUCAGCAGUCUGUUCCACCUCCACAGGCAUGGGAGUGGACCUGGUGACAAUCGUGCUGCUUCUGGCAAAAACAUUAAUUAGUGCAGAAGGUUCCUGCUCUUCUGAAAAUGCAGCCACUUGUGAAGACUGUUUGCGGCUCGGGCCGCUGUGUGGUUGGUGCUUCCAAGAGGACUUCAAUGACGAUGGUGGACGAUGUGACACCCUUGACAAUCUUCUGCUGCGGGAAUGUUCCCGUGAGUUUAUCGAGUUCUCCGUCAGCCACCUUAAGGUUAUAAGGGGCGAGCCUUUAAGCUUGAACGGCGAGGAGAGGAGCGGGAAAAGGACACAAAUGUCACCACAAAAACUUGCACUUAACCUGCGACCAGGUAGUCGGGUGACAUUUGGAGUGGAUGUGCGGCAGUUUGAAGAUUAUCCAGUUGACAUCUAUUACCUAAUGGACCUUUCUGCCUCUAUGACCGAUGACCUGAACAGAAUCAAGGAACUGGGCUCCUCUCUCACCAAAGAGAUGGCCAAAUUAACCAGUAACUUUAAACUGGGUUUUGGAACAUUCGUAGACAAGCCAAUGUCUCCUUUUAUCAAAACGACACCGAGUGAUUUAGUUAAUCCCUGCUGGAGUCACGACAUAUAUUGUUUGCCCACAUUUGGUUACAGACACAUGCUAUCACUGACUGAAGACACCACAAAAUUUAAUGAAGUUGUUCAAAAGCAACAAAUUUCUGCAAAUAUGGAUACUCCUGAAGGAGGAUUUGAUGCAAUAUUACAAGCAACUGUCUGUAAGGAAAAAAUUGGCUGGCGCAAUGAUUCCUUGCACUUAUUGGUAUUUGUGACUGAUGCUGAUACACAUUUUGGAAUGGACAGCAAGUUGGCUGGAAUUGUUAUCCCUCAUGAUGGAAAAUGCCACUUAGACAGCCAGAACAAAUAUACCAAGUCAACAGCAAUGGAAUAUCCCUCACUUGGUCAACUAAUAGAAAAGCUUAUGGAAAAUAAUAUCCUACUGAUUUUUGCUGUGACAGCUAAGCAGCUGGAUAUAUACAAGAAUUAUGCAAAACUGAUACCUGGUGCCACAGUGGAACUACUCGAAAGUGAUUCAGGAAAUAUCCUUCAAUUGAUUAUUAAGGCAUACAAGGAGCUGCGAUCUGAGGUGGAACUGGAAGUGACAGGAGAUACUGAUGGAGUGCAAUUCUUUUUCACUGCUAUCUGUCAUGAUGGCACUAUCAUUCCUGGAGAGAAAAAGUGCUCUCAUCUCUACAUCGGAGAUACGGUUUCUUUCAAUGUGACUGUAGAAUUGGCAGAAUGUCUGAAGGAACCUAAGCGUAUUGUAAUAAAGCCUUUAGGAUUCAGAGACACUCUAGAGAUUGAAGUACAGCCAGCCUGUAGCUGCAGCUGCCAAACAAACGCAGAGCACAAUAGCUCAAGAUGUAGCAAUGGCAAUGGCUCUUUUCAGUGUGGUGUAUGUGUUUGUAAUGCUGGCCGAUUAGGUCCUCAUUGUGAAUGUACAGAAGAGAACAUAAACAUGGGUACCUGCAAGCACAGUGCAGAAAACAUUUCUUGCAAUGGUCGAGGAGACUGUUAUUGUGGACAGUGUGCCUGUCAUUCUUCGGAGUUUGGACAAAUAUAUGGUGCCUACUGUGAAUGUGAUGAUUUUUCGUGUGUGAGAUUUAAAGGGCUUCAGUGUGGAGGUCACGGGCUAUGUGAUUGCGGGGAAUGCCACUGUCACCAAGGAUGGACUGGUGAAUAUUGUAAUUGCACCACAAGCACUGACCUUUGUAUUUCUGAAAAUGGAGCCCUAUGUAGUGGACAUGGAGAGUGCAUCUGUGGCAAAUGUGUCUGCAUGCAUUCGGGGGCCUCUGGGGAUAAAUGUGAAAAGUGCCCAACUUGUUAUGACCCCUGCACUUCUAAACGGAGCUGUGUUGAAUGUCACCUGUCUAAUAUGGAUGGAUCAGUAGAAGAAUGUCAAGAAAAAUGCAUGAUAGUUGGCUCCAUGAUUAAUCAAACAGCAGAAUUUGAAGAAAACCAAUCUGUCUACUGUUCUUUGAAAAGUGGCAAUGAUUGUACAAUGUCAUUUCGUAUUGCAAAAGAUGGACAUGGAAGAUCACUUCUUUUUGAUCUUGAACAAACAGAUUGCCCCUUGCCUCCAAAUGUAUAUAUGAUAGUUUUGGGCAUUUCUUUGACAAUCCUUGUGGUUGGUUUGGUUAUCCUCAGUAUCUGGAAGAUGUUUAUAUCCAUUCAUGACCGCAAAGAAGUGGCCAAAUUUGAAGCCGAACGAGCAAAAGCUAAGUGGCAAACGGGUACAAAUCCACUUUACAGGGGGUCAAUUUCCACAUUUAAAAAUGUGACCUACAAAAACUAUGGAAAAAAAGAAGUCACCACUUUUGGGUACUAGUGCUUAAUUUAUUGGAAAAUUGUAAGUUUCACAAACAGACCUGAUGCACUUUUAUGUUUUUUUUUGUCUCGAACAGCUACAUUUAUAUGCAUGUUUUAGGUUUUUGCCUGCCUAGUAUAUGUAUAGGUUGCAACACCAUUUGUAUAUUUUGAAUAUUUUAUGUACAUAUUAGAACGUUUGUGAUAUUUCAAUAAUCAUUUGUAUUUAUGUAGUGCCUUUAACAUAGAGCAACAUCCCAAGGCACUUCGUAAGAGCAUUAUCAAACAAAAUUUGACACCAAGCCAAGUAAGGAGAUAUUAGGACAGGUGACCAAGUGAGAGAUCUUAAGGAACAUCUUAAAGAGAAAUGAGAGGGAGAGAUGAAGAGAUUUUGGGGGAGAAUUUCAGAAUUCAGUACAAGACAUCUGAAAGCCUGGCUGCCAAUGAUGGAAUAAUUAAAACAGGGGAUGUGCCAGAUCGUUGAAUGAGAGGAGACUAUAGAUCUCAGAGUAUUACAGGGCUGCAGAAGGUUACAGUUUUUCAAGCAUCAGCUUAAAGUUUUAUAUUACUAUAAUACGUGGAAAAUUUUUCAAAGCACUUCAUUUCAAUUUGAAAAUCUGUUUCUGAGAAACUUACCCUAGAAAUGUGUUUGUUAUUUUGGACAUUAAUAAACUUGCAGAAUGGG